AUGGAUCAAAACGCUGUCUAUCAACUGUUCGUGUCUACGUACCAUCCCGAUCCGAACGUGCAUAAACAGGCCGAACUGAGCAUUCGAAACAUCGAAACUCAUAAUGGCUUUCUUCCCAUUGUUCUUCAAAUCCUCGCUUCCGAGGAAUUGGAGCUCGGCGCUCGUCAAGCAGCUGCUAUCUAUUUCAAAAACCGUAUGAACAAGGCUUGGGAUCGAUCGAACGAGGUGGCAAAUCCAAUUAAUGAAGAUGACCGUAACAUGGUCAAGCAGUCUAUUAUGCAAGCGUUACUGCGCGCACCCAGUGCAGUACAAGUCCAGUUGUCAUCUUGUCUGAACACUAUCCUAAGCAACGAUUUUCCCGAUCAAUGGCCCAAUUUUGUUAAUGACGUACAGUCCUUUUUGGCAUCCACUGAUGUCAAGAUGGUCUACGUUGCUCUUCUUGCCCUCCGUGAGGUUGUCAAAGUGUACCAGUGGCGCUCGAUGGAACGACGGGAACCUUUGCAGCAAAUCAUCAAGCAUACCUUCCCUGCCAUCCUCACAAUUUCCCAGAACCUCGUUCAGCAGGAAAGCCUCGAAGCUGCUGAAAUGCUCAAGCUUGCACUCAAGAUCUAUCAUGCCGGUAUUCAGGUAGACUUGCCAAAAUGCCUGCAGGAUACACAGUCCCUUGUAGGAUGGGGUACGAUGUUCUUGCAGCUUAUCGACAAGAAAAUUCCCAUGGAAGCGCUGCCCUCUGACCCCGAGGAACGCGAGAAAUAUCCUUGGUGGAAGACAAAGAAGUGGGCUUACCAUUGUUUAAAUCGACUGUUCAGCAAAUAUGGCAACCCAGCAUUGCUCCCCAGCAGCACGACCAAGUACAAUUCAUUUGCAAAGGGGUUCAUUACCAACUUUGCGCCCAACAUUCUGCAGACUUAUUUGAGCCAGAUCGAGGGCUGGAUCAAGAAGGAGAACUGGAUGUCUGCCAAGUGUCUCGCCUUGAGCGCUGCAUUUUUCGGAGACAGCAUCAAGCACAAGAUCACCUGGCAAAUCUUGAAGCCGCACACCGAGACGCUCGUUGCACAUUUCAUUUUCCCUCAACUGUGCUUUGCAGCUGAAGACGAGGAACUGUGGGAGGAUGAUCCCGUUGAAUACGUCCACAAGAAGAUCGAUCCACUUAUGGACUUCCACUCUCCCCAGACCAACGCAAUCAAUUUGCUUAUCGACCUUGCCCGCGACCGCAAGAAACACACAUUCAUGGGUAUCCUCAACUUUAUCAACAAUGUGCUCAACAAGUACUUGGAAACUCCCGAUGAACAAAAGAACGGACGCGAAAAGGACGGUGCUCUCUGCAUGAUCGGAUGCUUGGCCCAUCAAGUGCUGCGUCAAAAAUCGCCUGUUGCAAACAUGAUGGAACCCUUUUUUGUUACGCACGUAUUCCCUGAAUUCAAGAGUCGUUUCCCAUAUCUCCGAGCACGCGCAUGCGAUAUGACCCGCCAUUUCAGCGACUUGGAUUUCACCAACGAGCAAAACUUGGCCACCUUGUACCAGAACGUACUUGACGCUUUGCGCGACUCUGAAUUGCCCGUCAAGGUCCAAGCUGCCUUGGCUUUGCAACCCAUGAUUCGUCACGAGAGCGUCCGCAACGCGAUGGCACCAAGCUUGCCUUUCAUCAUGCACGAGCUUCUGGAUCUGACGAACCAGAUCGACAUUGACACACUUGCCAACGUCAUGGAGGAAUUCGUUGAAGUGUUUGCUGAGCAACUUACUCCCUUUGCUGUGCAACUCUGCACGCAGUUGCGAGAUACCUUCUUGCGUAUCAUGGAGGAAUUGGCCCAGGCCAAUCAACAGGCUACCGGUGAAGACGGCUCUUUCAACGGCGAUGUGGAUGAGAUGAGCGACAAGACCAUGGCAGCCAUGGGUGUUCUCAAAACCAUUGGAACCUUGAUCUUGAGUCUCGAAAGCACGCCUGAUAUCCUUCAGCAAUUGGAAGAGGCAUUGCUUCCUGUCAUUACAUACACGCUCGAAAACAACGUCCUCGACUUGUACGAUGAAAUCUUUGAGAUUAUCGACUCGUGCACGUUCUCGGCCAAGCGUGUGACGCCAACCAUGUGGGGUGUCUUUGAGCUCAUCUACAAGGCGUUCAAGGAUUCGGGCAUCGACUACAUGGACGAAAUGCUUCCACCUCUGGACAACUACAUCUCGUACGGCCGUGAUGUCUUUGUCAGCAACGAAAACAUCCAGCGCAUGACGUUCGAUAUCAUUGAUACUGUGAUGAAGAGCGAUCGCUUGGGCGAGCACGAUCGUGUGUGUGCAUGCAAGCUGAUGGAAUCCGUCCUUCUCAACUGCCGCGGUCAGGUCGAUGGAUACAUUGCACCUUUCCUCAACUUGGCGUUCCAAUACAUCUUCACCAACUCGAUGAAGACGAACGAGUUCCGUGUCCACUGCUUGGAAGUCGUCAUCAACUGCCUUUACUACAACCCUGGAUUGACCCUCCGUAUGCUUGAGGAGAACCAGUGGACCCAAGGUUUCUUCACCAUGUGGUUCAACAACUUGGAGAAGUUCUCGCGUGUACACGAUAAGAAGCUCGUUAUCGUUGCUUUGUGCUCUUUGUUAGAGCUGCCCGCUGACCAUAUUCCAGCUUCGUUGCAAGCCGGCUGGUCUCAAGUCUUGGCUGGAGUUCUCAAUGUCUUCAAAACUCUGCCCAAGGCUAUGGAGAACCGUGAACAAAUGGAGAAGCUUUACGGUGACGGUUUCGAUGACGAUGAGUUCGACGGCGAAAGCGGUAUUGAUGGCGGUAGCGUUGACGAUGAGGAAGACGAUAACGGUGAUGAAGAUGUUGUAGAUGAAGAUAAUGAAUACCUUGAAUACCUUGCUCAGCAAGCCGCAAAUCACUCGAGCGAAUCUGAAUUCGACGACUUUGACGAAGAAAUCGAAGAAGAGCUCUUGUUUGAGUCGCCUUUGGACGAGAUUGAUCCCUACGUUCGGUUCGGUGAUGUAUUCAAAAGCUUGCAACAAGGCAACCCUGCAUCAUACUCGUUGCUCACAAAAGAUCUUGACACUGAACAGCAAAACUUUAUCAUGUCGAUCAUCUCGACAGCCGAACAGCAUGUGCAGCAACUGCAACAACAGCAACCUAUCGCCUAA